AUUAAGUGGGGGUUACUGUAUCCCCUGGCUAUUUAUUCCAUGACUUCCACCGCGAUUUAAGGAAGCUGUUGUUCUCGUGGAGCACCGACAGGGGAUACUCUUCUCCCACGGGCAUCUUUUGGUGACGUGCGGCUUUCGGGAUCAGCUGCUGCUGCUGCUGCCCACCCUUCCGCCCACCUCCCCACCUACCCGUGAAUCGCGUCCGAAUGUGCCAGCCCUGCUUUUCGACCUGACCUGCAGACAGCCUUUCAGUCCAUAAAUCUGUAGCAGACAUGCAGAAGAGAAGGAAGCCUGAACCGAUCCAGCUCAAACCGAUUCCGGAUGGCAACGCUGUCAACGGAAACAGUGCUACAGAGACGAACCUGGAGUCCCUCCAGAAGAAGCUGGAGGAGUUGGAGCUGGACGAGCAGCAGCGGAAGCGUCUGGAGGCGUUCCUCACGCAGAAGCAGAAAGUGGGCGAGCUGAAGGACGACGACUUUAGCAAGAUCUGUGAGCUGGGCGCCGGCAACGGCGGCGUGGUCUUCAAGGUCCUGCACAGGCCCUCUGGGUUAAUCAUGGCCAGGAAGCUCAUCCACCUGGAGAUCAAGCCGGCGGUCAGGAACCAGAUCAUCCGCGAGCUGCAGGUGCUGCACGAGUGCAACUCUCCGUACAUUGUGGGCUUCUACGGGGCCUUCUACAGCGACGGGGAGAUCGGCAUCUGCAUGGAGCACAUGGACGGGGGGUCCCUGGACCAGUCCUUGAAGAAAGCGGGCAAAAUCCCCGAGCAGAUCCUGGGCAAAGUCAGCAUCGCUGUGAUCAAAGGCCUCUCUUACCUGAGAGAGAAACACAAGAUCAUGCACAGAGAUGUCAAGCCGUCAAAUAUCCUGGUCAACUCGCGCGGAGAGAUCAAAUUGUGUGACUUUGGCGUGAGCGGUCAGCUCAUCGACUCCAUGGCGAAUUCCUUUGUGGGCACGCGUUCCUACAUGUCUCCCGAGCGACUACAGGGCACGCACUACUCCGUGCAGUCAGACAUCUGGAGCAUGGGCCUGUCCCUGGUGGAAAUGGCCAUCGGCCGCUUCCCCAUCCCACCCCCUGACGCCAAGGAGCUGGAGCAGAUUUUCGGCUUCCCGGUAGAGGGCGACGCGCGGCCCAGCGCAACAUCCCCCAGGCCCAGGUCCCUGGGGAGGCCCGUCAGCUCUCAUGGUAUCGACAGCAGACCUCCCAUGGCAAUUUUUGAGCUGCUUGACUACAUUGUCAAUGAGCCACCUCCCAAACUUCCCAACAUCUUCGGUCCUGAAUUUCAAGACUUUGUUAACAAAUGUUUGAUCAAGAACCCUGCGGAGAGAGCCGAUUUGAAGCAGUUAAUGAUACACCCCUUCAUCAAACAGUCCGAGGUGGAGGAAGUGGACUUCACAGGCUGGCUGUGCAGCACCAUCGGCCUGAGCCAGCCUAUCACCCCUACCCACAGCGGAGGGCUCUGAGCUCUGGGCACAUCCCUCCAACUUCAGUCAUCUCUCCAACUUAAUGUUUUGUAUAUAGUAAAAGUGCCUGUUUUACACAUUGUUGGUUUGGAUAAGCUACAUGUGCUUUAUCUAUAAAUGUUUAAAGGGAAAAAAAAAAAAAAAAAAAGUUGUCCUACAGUCAAAAUAAUGGAUAAAGCCAUUUAAUAGCGUUUAGCAGCAGCACUACACUUAACACCACAUCUACACACUAGCAGCCUAUUACUCCACUCUGAGUGGGUUAAACCACAGAACACAAAGGGGAAUAUGUGCUGCUCAAACGCUUCACCCUCCAUCAGCUGCUGGAGCUCUGCAGUCCUCACAGCAGUUUUGGGAGCUCUACAGCCUCUGCUCAAAUCGCUUCCUAUUAAAGGACUUCAAAAAGUCUGACAAUGUACCGAGUUCCCGCCGUCAUCACCAUUAAUGCAGCCGAAAGGGAAGCAGGAAAAAACCCAAUGGCAGAGAAUCACCUCUGUUUUAUGAACAGAAAUAAAAUGGUCACCAAAUUUCUGUACAACACAAAUGUAUGAAAUACACGGCUUGUGUGAAAGUCAUUGUGCUAUGAUGAAAAAUAAAAUGUGUCUCCCAGUU